AUGUUGACUAGAGCUGACUUAGGCGAGCUGAAGGAGCUCUGGGAUUGGGCAGAAUGUGUCGUCCCGGGCAUCGCGAAUAAAAUUGCAAUAAGUGCUGGGAUGCUUGUGAUCGCCAUCGUCUGGGCGAUCGGCGCCUUCCACUUUGUCUUAUACUGGCCGACUUUUCAAAGGCGAGUGGAGGGUGCCAUGAUGGGGUGGAAGGAGGCGGCGGAGGUGGAUGAGGAGAAUGGCGGAGCGAGCAGAGGAGCGGCCUUGGAUGCUGAGGACAGCCAAAGUACAAGCGCACCAACAAGUCAGGCGUCCUCCGAAGAAGUCGAGGGCGGGGGCGAAGUACCCCCCGUGUACCUAUGUACACUUAUGUAA